UUUAUCGUAUAUUUUUACAUGUGUUGUAUAUUGAAAUAAUACGUACAUCAAUUACAAUGCAUACAGAUGACGGACGUUCUGAUUAUAGGGUACAAUCAGCAAAGAAUACAAGAACACAUGUACCAUCACUAAGGAUGCACACUUCAACAAACUUCAAAUAUUAUACGACGCCAAGUCAACAAAGAAAUAACAUAAAUAGCAGGCAAUCGACAUCAUCGGACAUGCAGACAUCAGGUUUAUCAACAAUACAUGCGACUAAGCUAGCGAAAAAGCCAUCUUCUAGUUUCGCAACAGCGGUGUCUGUACAUAGUAAGACAAACACUCCAACUUUUAUUACUCCAAGUAUACCAAGUUAUAACACUCCUCUUCGACGACCGCCACAUAGAACAUAUGUGGUAACUAAUCAAUAUCCAGACUGUGGCAAUGUUUUACAGCAGAUUCCAGCUUUUCUGAACAUUACAGAACACGAUCAAGACAAAGUCAUGAUGACAUUGAUACAUGGUACAUCAAUUAACAUAAGUUUAGAUAUCGUAUUUCCUGCCAAUAUCGUGUCAGUUCUACAGAAACAUUUCAGACUUAAUCUUCUUAACAAUCAUACUACAGACAUCAUUCUGCAAAGUGCGGUGGAUAUAGAACAAAUAUAUCUAGAUACGAAAACUGUUGUUAAUUACGUUGAAAUGAAAAUCACAUGUAGAAGUGCUGGAAAUAUUCCUGUGUUGACAAAGAAAGUCAACGUAACUGUGGAAGACAUCGAUGAUAAUGGGCCUGUAUUUGAGAAAACAGACGUUUCCCAAUGUGCACUUCCGGUUUACACAGCAGGCGCUGGCGAACAAUUUGUUGGAUCCCUUUACCUUUCUCCAGGAGCAAUACAUGCGGUAGAUGGUGACCUAGUGAAAACAAACAAAGUGUCGUAUGCCUUCCUUCACGGAGAUCCUGUGGAUUAUCAACGUUAUUUCAUAAUAGAUUACUUUACUGGUACCGUAAACAAAACAUCCAACAUCACCAUUGCUGAUCCUCAUAAUUUCGUUAUAAUUGUACAGGCUACUGAGGAGUCUUCUGCGAAGCGAAGUCGAGUGGCGGUCUUAACAGUGUCUGUAUCUCUGCCCCAUAAACCUUUAAAAUCAAAUCCAUACAGAGCCAACCGAACCGUCAUCGCUGUCCUACAGAUAAUCAGCGGAGUUAUCAUUCUCGGUUUUACCAUUGGCUUUAUUUUCAUUGUACGCCAUCGAAAUAAGAAGCAUAAAAUAGAAUGUGACAAAGAAUUUACCAAAACUGAUGAUAUUGAAGAUAUUGAGGAAUUCAUGGUAGCUACAUCGACAAAUGAAGUAACCACGUGUUCUCAUCCAAUUCAACUGUUUGUUCCAGAAGAGCCUACCAAGUUAAGUCUGAAGUCACCUGAUCCAAUACAAACUGCAUCCCGGUCUCCUGUGUCCCCUAGAAAAGUGAAGUGUGUGCUCCCUGAAAAAACAUAUCGUAUGAUCUAUGGCAAAAAAAGGAAAACACCUACGAACAUUGUUAUGAAAUAACGUGACGCAUGAAAACCAACAUUUGUUUCAAGGCGUAAAUGAAACAAAAAGUUUGUUAUUAUUACUUUUAUUUUAUGUUUUGUCGAAAUAUUCAUUGAUUUUUAGUCAUUGAAGUUUAUACAGAA